AUGUUUNUCUUUAUUGCUUUGCGGGUUGAACUGUAUGGUUGCCCAACAGGUUUUGACCCACCACUUGGAAUGAAUUCCAGAGAACUUAUUGAUGGAAGAAUUUUAGCAACAUCAAUAGAGAGCGCAAUCUACAAAGCCAGUUAUGGCCGACUUCUCCUUAGUAUUGGUGGAGGUGGCUGGUGUGCAAGUCUUCAAAAUACUGAACAGUAUUUAGAAAUCACUUUAAAAACUCAACAAGGGAGUUCAUUCCUAGUAACAGCUCUGGCCACACAAGGGGUAUUGAGUAAAAACAGCUGGGUCAAGUCAUAUUACUUUUCGUAUAGCAUGAUCAGUGCACCGUCGUGGAUUUAUUACCAUGAUCAUAACGAGAAAAAGCUUUUUGUUGGAAACCAAGAUGAAAACACUGUGGUCAAAAACCAUUUCAUGGGCUUUGUUUUGGCUAGCAAAAUACGUAUUCAUCCACAAACCUGGGAAAACAGUAUUUGCCUUCGAGCUGAAGUUUAUGGCAUUGAUUAUCAUAGUUCAAGUAAUUGCUGGGUUUUUAAGGGAGGGAGAAAGGAAGGUCAAGGAAGGAAGCAGGGAAGCAGGGAAGCAGGGAAGCAGGGAAACAGGGAAGCAGGGAAGCAAGUCUUGAGUAUGGAUGUCUUGAGUCUUGAGUCUUGA